AGAAGAGGGGCGUCUAAUGUAAGUACUGCUCGUCUUCUGGUAGCGGAUGCGGGGGCGUAAGGGUAAAGAACGCAAAUAACGAACCGAGCCCGAGGAGCGACGGGUCAGGUUGAAAGGAGAAGUAAGUCACAUAAUUACUCACCACUCUUGUCAAGAUGUCGAAGAGUUCGUUGCACUCACAGUCGUCACUGUCCUCGGUCGGCGGGGCUCUGAUGCGGACCGGGGGCACACCUCCCGGGGGAACUACAAGCACGGAGGAACAAUCAGCCGGGCCACGACGACUGAGCGGGCAGAGCAGCAGCAGCUCAUCGCGCAAAGCGCCGUUAGACAUGAACAAGUAUCCUGAGUAAAAACGUACCCACACCAGAGUCAGGAUGGGGAUUUUGCAACACAAACCUAGGAGUUUUGUGAGUCACGACGCAUGACAAGUUGCACUCUGCAGUGUAGUGCAGGUUAGCAAGUGCAGCCGCAUCACAGAUUCAUCUGCUCAUCCUGUUCACAGCAUCACAAAUUCCAAAACACAAUUGGAAAUGGCUCUCAUGGGGAUGCGCAUUACAAGUCUUCCUGUCUUUGCAAAUCUCCAUUACAACUCUGGUGUGGGUACGUUUUUACUCAGGAUAACAAGCCGAGAACUGCUACGCCCGCAUCCGCGUCUUCUAGUAGUGCAUUUCAGUCGAGACAGCAGCAGCAGCAGCAGAUGCAGAGUCACCAACAGCGGCAGAAUGGUCGUCCUCUAGUCGGCCCAACAACUACGUCAAGUUCUUCCUCCUCAGCCACCGCAGGAGCUGCACGACCGCAGGUGGUGAUUGAAAAUCGGGGCGGGAAACCUCGCGCAGUGUGGCAGUUUUUUCCCGAAGGAGCGAAUGAAGACGACGAUGAGGGCUCGGACGAGCAGGGCAGCUCGGACCCGCAGAAACGGGUCAAAGAAGCGGCUUUUGACCAGACCGUGCGGCUGCAGCGGGGGGAAGACCCGGAGCUGCGCCGGAUUCGGCAACUCACCACGAAACAAAAACACUUCUCGCCGACGCAGGACUUUAAGUAUAGAAUAAGAAUUGUUUUUGCAGGCCGCUAUGUCCGGUGUUGUAAUUCAGCACCGUCGCUCCUGUUUGUUCUGUCUUGCAUGUUGAACAAUACAUACAUAGGCCUGUGUUUGUAAAUACAUUGAUUACAAAAAUGGGUCGCCUCUAAUGGGUGCAAUGAAAAAGUGCUGACACUCACUGCUACUACACAGGUAUGGCGAGAGCGACUUCGAGCCGGAGUUCGACGAGCCGGGGCGAAACGACCAAGAAGUUGCAUAUGGCGCUCUCAACUGUUACAUUCUCAACUGUUUUACACGGAUUUGUCAUGCAAAAUUGCCAUCAGCCUCCACUUGAUCAAGGUGCUUAGCAUGACAAAUUUUCGAAGGACUAAAGCUAAACAGCAUGGCGAUCUGUGGAAAAUCUGUGAUGCGAAAGCUGCAAUAUUGCCACUUUCACUGUUGCUGCUCUUUGCAUUUGAAAUCCAUGUAGCAGUUGAGAGUGUAACGUUUGAGAACGCCAUAUUGCACCGGAGGAGCGUGUGGGUUUCUCUUUUGCGGCCCGCCGGAGUCCGGAGGAAUUAGCUUCGGUCAUCAACAAACGCGUGGAUAUUCUGUACUCGGAUCACAAGGUAUAAUACGGAUGGAGUUGGAGUAGACCACGGGAAGGGGCAACACAAACAUUCUCGUGGUCCUAAUUAAUGCGCUGACACUGGUCGUGAGCAUGACCAACAAGUUUUGCCUAGUUUCUUCUAAGCCAUUUGCGUGUGUUUCAUCAGGCAGGAAAUGAAAAUAAACUCUUGUUGUUCAGUGACAAAAAAUUAAUUUAGAUUCGCGCGAUGCGACGGGAAGCGCUGGUCAAGGAGAAGGAGCGGAUGGAGGAAGAAUUCUACAAAAUGCAGCAGCAGUUAAUGUCCGGCGCAACGAAAGCAGGGCGGAAGGAUAUCCUGGGCAAAAACGUCCCUAUACCCAUAAAAGUCAAGUUGGGAUCUCUGCAACGCAAAGCUGGCGGAAGUUUUGGAAAUAACGCAUGACAAGUUUCUCGCUGUUGCAUUGCAGUGCAGGUAAGCUGCAAGCAGAAGCACAGCCGCAUCACAAAAUCAUAUCCUGAGCCCCUGUUUGCGGUGUUACAAAUCCGUCAAAAUACCACGACUAGAAAUGGAAGCGCCUCUCUUGUUGGGGAUGCGCAUUGCAAAUGUUCGUCCAUGACCACAGCCAUGGGGUGGGGACGUUUUUACGCAGGAAAAAGGAGAUCAACAUCGAUGAGUUUCACGAAUACUGGAAAGAGCGCGUGCAGGAAUACCAGGAUACGCAGAUGAUACGACAGAAGCUGAAAGAGGUACUUCUAGGAAUGUUUUCUCGACGGUUGUACGCGAUACGAUGUAGUAAAGUACUUCCUGGGUGGUCCUCCCCCCCCCCGAUGUGUCGUGCGCUCUCGUAGCAUAAUCAUGUGCACAGCACGACGCGUUGGUCGCAUGACUACUUACACCGAACGACAAGAAGAGCAGUCUUCUCUCCUACCGAGCAAAAAUGUUCUUGGAUCCUUGUCCGCGCCCGCCACUGGCAGCACUGACUUGAAAAACAGCAAAAAGAAGCAGUGAAGGAGCGCGAAGAGUUGGCGGAGUGCACCUUUUAUGCAGCGCAAAAGUAUCGUACUCGUAUAAAUGCGUUACAAAUUUCCUAAGCAUGAGAAAUAAUGCGGAUGUACCUUAAGAAAAACAAAAAGAUGCAUGGCUGCAAUACGAGUAGGUGCGAUACUUUUGCAGAGCAUACCUUCAAACCGGACCUCGGCGGCAGUGAUCGGUGGUCGAAGGCGAGGCAGCAGGUGAUAGGAAAAUACAAAGAAAAGUUCCUCCGGAUGGCCACGUUGCAGUUUCGGGAGCUGAAAUCACUGGAAGAGUACUUCUACUUUUAGUUUAUUUAAGUGACUAUUUCAUUGCGCGAUUUGAAAUUGAAUCUCGAACAAAAAUGCAUGAUUUAGAUGUGCCUCGUAGUUCUUGCGCAUCUUGCUGCUCCUUCCGUCUUUGCGCGGUCGCAGGCUGACAAGCUCCUUUCGCAGGCGAACAAGCGCAGAGCUGCUGCAAAAGGAAAGAAUAAGAAAGAAUAUCAAAAACUACAUUGAUAAAACCUUCACCAAACACCAGCCUUCACACCGUGGAGGCCGGGGUCGAGUACAAUCUGAAGCUGGAGUGCGAACAGAAGCUGACCGAGGUCCUUCAGGAGAACCCGACCCUCGUCGACCGAUUUUUGUCCACGGAGAAGGGGUCCACUCUGCUGAAAAACCGCACCCAGGCCUACCUGCAGGCCAACCCGCAGAUCGCGAAGGACCGGGCGGAGGCGGAAGCGCUGUCGGACAUCUUGAACAAGAGUCGCGAGAACAUCCGCGACCGCGUUCUGGAUGAUUACCGCGCCCGGCGGAUCCACCAACGCCGGGCGCUGGCAAUACGGAAACUGCACGUCGUCGUGGAGCUGCAACGACUCGAACACGAAUACCGAGAAAUGGCGCUCAACGUCAAGGUAUCAAAUGUAAAAAUGUCUGGGUCUGGAAGAUUGCCAGGUUUGUCAUGCACAUUUUGCAUGACUCCUGAGGUCUCUGAUGCAUGCCCUAGCAUCACAGAUUUUGUGAGGGCUUCCUGAUCCCUAUACCGCAUGACAGAUGCUCUCUCCGUGUAGCAAAACUUGGGCUCUCUUUGCUGCUCAUGCAAUACAGAUUUUGUUAGAAUCCAAAAUGAAAAUCAGCAUGACAAGUUGGAUUCUUCCAGACCCAGACACUUUUACAAUCCAUACAAGGGGGAUAAGACACUGGUAUAGUGCUUCGUGAUGUAGUUCUCUCGCCUGAUGAAGAACUUUGUCUCUGUUUUUUGAAAUUUCUGAUCACCAAUUUGUAUGUCAUGCAGUUCGUGCUAGUAUCCAAAAAAAUGCAAUAUUGGCAAGACCAUGACCAUGAAACCUCCCCCCUCCCAGGUCGUCGCCGCCAUGAAGGCCAUCGAGGCGGACUACCAUGCUAAAUACGGCAACAAAUUUACGCCGCCCACCCGGGAAUCGGUCAGAACGCACGAAUAUGCACUGCAAAAAUGUCUGGGUCUGGAAACUUGUGAUGCUGUUUGGCGAAUCAUGUGGACGCCUUCAUUGACAGCCAAGCAUGACAAGUUUUGGAGCUGCUAUAGCGUUGCCUAUCUGCGUGACAGACUGCGUUUCUGCGUGACAUAGAAAUGUGGCUUUUGUGUGGCGCGCAUGACAGACUUGAGAGCCAUGCAAGCUGUGCAUCAUGACAAACCCUGCACUCUUCCAGAUCCAGACCCGGACAUCUUUGCAUUUGAUAACGAAACGGAGUCCAGUACCACACGAAAAAGCGCGACCGUGGAGUUCCGGAAAGAGAAAAUGCACAAUUUAGCACCAGAAAAGCCAACGGACAGUGCCAGCUCCAAAAAUUCCUCCCGCGGCUGGGGGCGGCGGAUGGCCGGCGAUCCGCUGCGCCGGGACGGGGGGAACAAGCCGAAGCUUCCCUCGAAGGCGGAAGAGCAGAAGCUGCAGGAUAUGCACCGCAAAAGUAUCGCACUAGUUGUAGAAAUUGCAUUACAAAUAAUAAAUUAGCUUAGCAUGACAGAUACAAUUUGUGAUGCUUUUUUAGCUAAGGAAGGCGAUUUGUCAUGCAUAUCUGCAAUUAGUUUUAGUACGAGUACGAUCAUGCUUUUGCACUGCAUACAGGAGCAAGAGGAGCAAAAACAGGCGGAGGAAGUCCGGAAACGGGGCAGCGGGAUGUUCUUCCAAACCGACUUGGUCGCCCGUCUCAAGAAGGAGCCCUGGUUUCUCGUCGCCAAGCACGCCGCGGCCACGGAGACCAUGGCACAGCAGCGCGCGGAAAUGCUGGAAAGGGAGAAGGCGGAGGGCGGAUUGCCCAAAUUCCCCGUCAACCAGUGCAUCGGCAGCCACAUGGCGUGAAGUGAAGCAGUCCGAGGUGUUACUUAGUAGUGUGCUGCGGUGGAGCUGUGGCCGCUCCGUGGGUACUUCAGUUAGUACUUCUCCUUCGUUCACGUGAUGUCGUGAGCUGGUGGCGCUUUUUUUUACGGAACAGAAGAAAAAUUGUUUCCGUUCUCCAGAAGAAUAGACCCAGAGAUUCGAGGUUGGGUAUAAUUCGUCGACCCUUGAUGUGGUGGCCCACGGUGUAGCAUUUUCUUGUUUUCAUAAGCUUUUCUAAGUUGUGAUAGUGGAGCCAUACACUUCUAAAGCAGAUGUGUUGAGUGCUUCGCCCUGUUGAUAAUUGAAAGUACUAUCGACUAAUAUGUGAAGAUAUGUCCCCGCGGCCCGCUUUGAUAAGUAGAAAUGUGCGUAGUUUCCGUUUUUUGAAGUUUAGCCGCGGUUUCGCUUCUUUGUGAUUCUUGAACAAGAUGAGUCGAUAUUAUAACCUGCUCAGGUGUUACAGUCUCAAGCGUUACAAUAGAAUCUAGAAUUUGUGUUGCAUGACGAGCAUGAAAGACUCGCGCAGCGUUCCAGCUUUUGCACUACAAAUUUCGCCGGCGAUCCGCUGCGCCGGGACGGAGGGAACAAGCCGAAGCUUCCCACGAAGGCUAUGGCGUUCUCAAACGUUACAUUCUCAACUGUAUACAUGAAUUUGUAUUAUGCAAAAACAGCAACAGUCAAAGGGGCAAGCUUGCUGCUUUCGCAUCACAGUUUUUUUUGGCACAGAUUUAGACGCUGUCUAGCCCUUCGAAUAUUUGUCAUGCGAAGCAGCUUGAAGAUCAUCUAGCAGCUUACGGUAGUUUUGCAUGACCAACUCAUGUAAACACAAACAGUUGAGAAUGUAACGUCGUCUGAAAACGUCAUAAAGGCGGAAGAGCAGAAGCUGCAGGAGCAAGAGGAGCAAAAACAGGCGGAGGAAGUCCGGAAACGGGGCAGUGGGAUGUUCUUCCAAACGGAUUUGGUCGCCCGUCUCAAGUAUCAAAUGCAAAAAUGUCUGGGUCUGGAAGAACAAGAAUGCAACUUGUCAUGCUAAAUCUGAAGCAUGCAAAGACCUGUGGCGCUGGGAGCGGGUGUCCACUACAUGAUGAUGAUGAUGAUUGCGCGAUUACCAAAAGUCGUCCAGUUUUGACCAAGUCGGGAAGGAGUUUCUCAUGCAGGAAAGACAUGAUUUAGAGACCUCAAAGAAUCUGUCAUGCUGGGUCUCGCAUUUCAGACCUCAUGGGUCAUGGAAAACCUGCGUCACAAAUCUUGCGUUCUUCCAGACCCAGACACUUUUACAGUUGAUAUCAAGAAGGACCCCUGGUUUCUCGUCGCCAAGCACGCCGCGGCAACGGAGACCAUGGCACAGCAGCGCGCGGAAAUGCUGGAAAGGGAGAAGGCGGAGGGCGGAUUGCCCAAAUUCCCCGUCAACCAGUGCAUCGGGAGCCACAUGGCGUGAAGUGAAGCAGUCCGGGGUGUUACUUGGUAGUGUCGGUGGAGCUGUGGCCGCUCCUUCUUGGGUACUCCAGUUAGUACUUCUCCUUCGUUCACGUGAUGUCGUGAGCUGGUGGCGCUUUUUUUUUUCAGAGCAGAGCCAAAGCCAAAAAAUUCAAAUUGUAAAUUCCGUUCUCCAGAAGAAUAGACCCAGCAAAGUUUCGAGGUUGGGUAUAAUUCGUCGACCCUCGUGGGGUCUAGCAUCUAUUUCAUAAGCUUAAGCUUUUCUAAAUUGUGAUAGUGGAGUGUGUCUGCUUCGCCCUGUUGAUAAUUGAAAGUAGCGACGGAUAUGUGAUGUGUCCCCACCCGCUUUGAUAAGUAGAAAUGUGCGUUUCCGUUUUUUGAAGGUUAGCCGCGGUUUCGCUUCUUUGUGUUUCUUGAACAAGAUGACUCGAAAUGAGAUUGAUAUAUGAUUUUCGAUUUAAUUGUGCCAGAAAUGCUUGAAGAUAAGCAGCUGCUUUUUUUACAGCCAGCCGGCGUAUUUUCGUUUGUAUAAUUUACUAUCACCAAAGACAGAGCAUGUUUCCGCUCGUCCUGAGAUAAUGAAAAACAAAAGUACAACAGAAGAAAGAGAACUCGUCUGCUUUUGGCAGAGAAAACACGAACAAAUGCAGCGAAGCUAGCCGUGAUAUCCAAGAACUCCCGAGAUGAAAAAGUACAACUUUUGUGACCUUGUUGCAACUUUAUGUGGAAGUGGAU